ACGGACGCCAGCAUAUAAAAGCUACAAUGGGGCCCCUGUCCUCCCACACUGGCCACCAGUCCACCUUUUUAUGCACACACUGCCGUAGUCAUGUCUGCUGGAGGAGAGAAACCCAAGUCCCAGCCUGAUGGGAAGGCAGCACAGAACAAGAUGUCGGAGAUGGGCAUGAUGUCCUACAAGAUGUGCGUGUACGACCAGGAGAACUUCCAGGGACGCUGCAUGGAGAUCACCGCCGAGUGCGUGAACGUGUGUGACAUGGGAAUGGACAGGGUGCGCUCCCUGCGUGUCGACUGUGGGCCAUUCGUUGGCUUUGAGCAGAUGAACUUCUGCGGUGAAAUGUUCAUCCUGGAAAAGGGCGAGUACCCCCGCUGGGAUUCGUGGAGCAACUGCCAGAAGAACGAUUACCUUCUGUCCUUCAGGCCCGUACGGAUGGACCCGGAGAAGCACAAGAUUUGCUUGUAUGAAGUCGGAGAAUACAAAGGUCGCAAGAUGGAGAUCAUGGACGAUGACGUUCCCAGCCUGCCUGCCUACGGCUUCACCGACAGGGUGGGAAGCAUCCUGGUCAGCUGUGGGACCUGGGUGGGGUACCAGUUCCCCGGCUACCGCGGCAGCCAGUACCUGCUGGAGAAGGGCGACUACAGGCAUUUCAACGAGUUCGGCGCCCGCUGCCCCCAGAUGCAGUCCGUCAGGCGCAUCCGCGACAUGCAGUGGCACCCCCACGGCUGCUACACCAUGUCCUCCAAGUGAAGCACGGCCCAGGCGAGGAAGAGGGGGAGCGGGGCAGAGGCCGGGGUCCGGGGAGGGGAAGGAGGGAGGCCGAGGAAGGAGAGGAGGACAGAGAGGCUGAAGUGAAGGGAAGGGAAGGGAAGGCGCCUUCGUUCCCUUCUGCUGGAUGCAGUUGGUAGCUAUUUAUAGAUGCGGCUCAGCGAUGGAGAGUUACAGGAAGUUGUGGAGGAGAUAAUUACAAGAACCACUGGGACUAUAUCUGGUUAGGGAAAAGAAAAAAAAAACAAAAAAAAAAAAAAAAACUCUCAGCUUUGUUCUUCCUCUCAUUUCCUGUCUUCCCGUCUUGCCCCGUCUCCAUCCUGUUUUCUCUCCCCCCUAAUGCUCCAUAUUUGGCCCCCGUCAGCACUCGCCCCAACCUAUCAGAGCCCGAAUAAAGGAGGACAGGAGUUCAGAUUUGUUUUUUUUUUGUAAGAUUGACAUAAAAGAAGAAGAAGGAGAAAUGUGAAAAUGCUUGCAUCCUGCUGUCACAACAACCUAAUAAAGCUACUCUUACCCUGCUA